CAUCACAUGUGCAUAUGCAUAUGCAAAUUUAAAUAAAAAUUGUAUUUCGCAAUCAUAAAAUCUUCAAACAUGUGUGUUUCAAAUUAUAAAACAUGUGCGUUCAGAUUCAAUUUGUUUCGAGCUAAACACAUGUUGUAUUGAAACAGUGAGAACCAGUUACAACUCCAGCAUGUAUGUCAUACUAUUCCGAACCGUUUCGUUGCUAUAGCGUUUUGUGCGGCCAUCAUGGAUUCACGCACACAAAUUUAGUUCUGGCACGAAUAUGAGCAGUGCAAAUAUAUAAAGUAUACUCAUUGCUUCUCUUUCUGCCGUAUUGUUCUGGAUGGCAACCGGAAUUCAAUGGCCGCUACAUGUAUUUUAUGAAUCGGUUCGCAAUUUAAAGAAUAGCACAAACUAUGGUUUGCUUUUUUUUACUUCAAUGCGAUUAAAACGUUUCCCAUAUUUAUUCACCAUACUUAACGUGUAGCAUCAACACUGACCAACUCGUUGGUUUCGGCAUUAUCAGUUCUAAACGAUUUGGCAGAGAGUUCGGUUGUGAGAAAUAAAUAUUGGUGAUUUUGCGUAGAAUUACUCAAUAUUCAAUCGAAUUAACACAAAUAUAUUAUUAAUUCAAAGGCGUUUAAUUGCAAAAAAAUAUUAAUUUCACUGCGAAAACAAUCUUUGAAUUGAAAUUAUUCAAGCUGUUAGUUAAUGCAUUGUUCGGCGUAAUAUGAUAUGAUUUGGAAAGGCACAAUUAUUAUACAAACGACCAUUACUACAGUGAACUUCAAAGUUUGGCUUACACAGCCAACUCAAUGAAAUGAUAUUUCAUUUAACCGUUUUUCGCAUUUAUUUGGGAAUAUAUUGAUUGCAUACAAAUUAGGUUGACAGCCUGAAAGGACUUAUUUUUCUGCACUUAUAGCAACUGUUUUGUUAAUAUGACUACAUUGGCCACAUUAUCAAACCCAGUCGCUAAUGAAUCUGCCAAUACUGUAGGAGGUAGUUCAUCAACAGCAGGGCCUGGGAACAACAACAAUGUUGAGCGACGUUGUGAAAAUGCUGACUGUAAUGUUAUUAAGCUGGUUUCAAUGGUACCCAAACGCAAAAUCACACAAUUUGUAACAGAACCUUCUGUAAUGGAGAAACCUAUGUUAAUAAAUGGUUUUACUACUGUUUUUCAAGUGGAAGGAAGUUCUGCAAAAUUAAGUGAUUUAAAAAAUCCGAAUCCAAACGCAACACCCCAACCAAAAAGUAUUUUUCGUAUUGUACCAAAUACACAUGCUCACAUAGUGAAUUACGUUGUAGUAGACGCUGAUGGCGAUUCAUUGCGUAAAAUCAAUGAGGGUGAUCCGGCUACAAUGCGAAAAUUACUUGAAUCGCAAAAGGUGAGUGCUGAUCAAAUGUUGAAGAAGCUUAUGGCAGGUCAUGGUCCCAGCGUUCCUAUAGUCUGUAGCGCGGCGCCUGCGCCAUCAAGCGCGAACACAGUAUCUUCUGCGACAUCCUUAAAUGGACGUAAUGUGGCAACUGCGAACACCUUUUCUACAACUGCAACAACUACGACCACUAAUGCAACUAUUAGAACAAAUGUUACAUCAAUUACCGGAAAUACUCAGCCCAAUAGCUCUGCGAAGUCGUCAGCUAUACAAUUACCUUUAAGAAUGCACCCAAAUUUGAAGAUAACUGCUGUAGUAAGUAGAGACACAAUUGGACAAUUGGUGGAACCAAAUACUGGUACACAGCAGCCGACACAAGUGGUUCCACCAGCUGCGCCUACUGUUCCAUUAAUCACGCCCGUACCAUUGGCGAAUUUGCAGAGUUCGGCUGUUCCUUCUAUUUCUACGCAACCAGUGGAUAAAUCAAAUAUUGAUAAAAUGCAAGCAGAACUUGCGGAAUUGCGUCGCACUGUAGCUAUGUUGGCUGAAGCUAUGCCCAUGAAUCCUCAAGCUCAGAAAGCGCUUCAACAAACAACUCAACAGCGUGGUGUAGCCGUGAAAAGACAGCGCAUAAAUUAGGGGGUUAGGUGUAGUCAAAGAUAUUUUGUCCAGCUUUUCGUUAAAAUACCAACAUUUAAUUUUAUAUAAAAUAUCGAAAUUAAACAAAAGAUCCUUGCGCUAGUUUUUCAUGUAUAA